CAGAGGCCCGGGGUCAGCAGAGCGCACAGCAGCCGCUGUGGCGGGCUGGCACCCGUGACCCGGCUCGCACCCGUGCCUGGGCUUGCUGCUACGCUGACACGGCCCCUGCUGACUUCAAGGGGUGAGGUGGGGUGGGACAGCAAGUUCUCCGGGAAGUGCUGGCUCCCUCCACCUGAGCAGUGUCGCUGCCCUGACCCUCUGGCUGUGCGGGCUAGUGAAAGAGCUCAACAUCUUGACCCCGAGGGCUGGAGACUCCCAGGACACAAACCAAAAGGUUCGUGUUUUCCCACUUCCCAGAAAUAGAUUAGCCAGGGAGUGUCCGACGGCAGAGGGCGGGUGGGAGGCAGGAACUGGCCGAGCACCAGGGAACACCCUUCCUGACCCAGCGCGACGGGAACCACGGGAUAAAUCCAGCUAAACGGCUCCCUCUUCCCGCAGCCGCCGGCAUCGGCGAGGCUCCCACGACAGGGAAGAGACAGAGCUGCAGCACCUCGGUGCUUCCUUGAAGGCAGAUCUCUGCGGGUCGGGACUUCCUUCUCUUCCUAGGAAAAGUGACUUUUUUUUUAAACACCCUACACGUUUUUUCCUCUCUGCCAGCAAAGAUCAGGGGACAGAGCGGUCUCCAGGCUCCUGUUAACGUUAAUCCAGUCCCUGGGAGGAGGCCGACCCAGCCCCAGCGGGCUCACGGGGCUGUGCUGCUAACGCCUCAUCCGAGCACAGCCUAUCGCGACGCCCUCAGAGCAGGGCCAAGGCCCCGCCGUAACGACAGCGCCGCCGGAGGCUGCCGUAGCUCAGGCGAGGGCCGCCUGCCCCUCUACCCCGCGGGGCGAGGCCGGGGGCCCGCUCCUGCCCCCCACGAGGGGCUGGGCCCCGUCUCUCGGGAGGGAAAGCCCCCGUCCGGGGCGGGCGCUGCGACGGGGCUGCCGCAAGAGGUGCCCCGCCGACUCGGGGCGGCGAUGCGCUGCGGAGAGGCGCCGGAGGGACCGCCGGGCCGGCCGCGCUCACCUUCAGCUGGAAGAGCGUGUCUGCAAGGGAAGGAGACAGAGCCUCAGCGCCGCGCCGGGCCAGGCCCCGCCGCCGCCCCCGCGGGAGGCCAGCGCGGCGCAGCCGGCAGCCAGGACGAGGCGUGUGGGGAAACGGCUCCAACCGGCGGCCACGACCCCCACGGCGUCGCCAGCGAGCUCUCGGUGACACAGUCCAGCCGUCUGUCGGCGGAGGGACCCCACCAGAAAGGGGAGAAAGCGGCCGAGAAGAAAAAGCCUCCUGUUCCCAAAAUCGUCAUCACGGGGCCCUCGGAGGACUCGGCCUCGCUCACGUCGCUGAAGGACCUCCCGGAGCCACGAGCCAUCCGCGAUGUAGCCAACCGCGGCCCCUAUCGGGCGCACCGGCAGCCCAGCACGGUGGAGGCCUACCGCUCCCCGCCGCGCCCCGCGGCCCCCGCCGCGAGUGAAACAGGGAACUAGUCGCAGCACCGCCGUUGUCGGCCUCGCUUUCCCCGGCCCACCGGGAGCGCGGCGGGGAGGGCCCGGCGCCGCCGCCGCCGCUAGGCCGCGCCUUGCCUAGCAACGGUUGCCAGGGGCCGCCGUGGGGGGCGGGGCCUGCUGCGGGCCAGCUACACUGCGCAUGCGCGAGGGCGGGCCCUACGGGCGAGCUACACAGCGCCUGCGUAAG